AUGCAUUUAUACAAAAUUGGGAAAAUGGUACUCGGAAGCGCAGCUGUCAUUGUUUCUGCUUCACUGGGCGCUCUAUAUUUGUACCAAAACAAGCUUAUAUACCCAUCUUGGGCACAAGGUGCUAGAGACCAUGUAGAUACGCCAGAUCAAUACGGUUUGCCUUAUGAAGAUCUCACUUUAACGACUUCGGAUGGUGUUCUAUUGAAAGCAUUUGAUAUAAGGAAUGAAAAUUCGACUGCAACCAUGCUUGUUCUUUGCCCCAAUGCGGGGAAUAUAGGAUAUUUCCUGCCCGUUGCUAGGUUUCUCUAUAAUGAGUUUAAUUUGUCCAUUUUUUUGUAUUCCUAUCGUGGAUAUGGGUUAUCAACAGGGUUCCCAUCGGAGAGAGGAUUGAAGAUAGACGCAGAUACCGUCAUGGACCAUUUGACAAACAGUGAAUUUCAUAAAUCAAGGAAGCUAAUACUUUAUGGGAGGUCCCUUGGUGGCGCUAAUGCCAUUUAUCUUGCUAGAAAAUUUACCGAUAUCUGCGAUGCCAUUAUCCUAGAAAAUACUUUCCUGUCCAUUCGCAAAGUUAUCCCAUACGUUUUCCCAAUGCUGAAGAAUGUGGCAUUCAUGUGUCAUGAAGUCUGGGAUUCUGAACAGGAAAUUGUCAACAUACAAGAUGAUACUUUACCUUUCUUGUUUCUUGCUGGUUUAAGAGAUGAGAUUGUCCCACCCCCUCAUAUGAAAUUAUUGUAUAAACUAUGUCCCUCGAGCUGCAAAAGAUUUAUUGAGUUCCCUAUCGGUUCCCAUAACGACACGAUAAUACAAGAUGGGUAUUGGGUUGUCGUUAAAGAGUUCUUACAAAAACAUAACUUGAUAUAG